UGAUAAGUGAAUAUCCUCACUAGUUUGAUUUUCUGGAGAGAAAGUUUGGUUCUUUUUUGCUUUUAUACAAAUCCACACUAUCUAUGAAUCAUCUUGUUGCAUUCCCUUUAAUAUGUGGUUGUUUUAGAGUCAAUUUAAUCGGUUUUGUUUAAACGUUUUGGUUUUCUAUUUCUUCUUUAGCAUAGUUUUCAAUGAAGCUUGUGUUUAAUGUUUGGUUUCCUGGAGAAAUUUGGUUCUUUUUUUCCUUAAAUCAAAUUGCACUGUCUAUAAAAUCUUCUCGACAGUUCUCAAAGUUUGUGUCUUUAGCCCUUAUCUUGACUCAUUCUCUUUUGUUUUUGGCACUGCUAAUCACUUUCCUGUAUUCCUUUUAACGUGUUUGUACUAUAAAGGUGUUAGUUUCCAUUCCAUGCGAUGGUAGAUAAAGGUCAAGUCAUCAGCCUCUGUCGUUCCCUGCUUCGGGCAGGGCGUCAGUACCCUGACUACAACAUCAGGGAGUACGCUAAGCGAAGGACCUUGGAUGGGUUCUGCAUGAACAAGAAUCUCACUGAUCAUUCUAAGGUGGAGGAGGCUUAUGCUGAAGGUAAGAAGCAGCUGGAGGUUGUAGAGAGGGUGGUGAAGGUUUACUUGGCAUAUCCUCCCAAGACCAAGAACAUCAUGGAACUCAAGCUUCAGUAGUGGAUACGUAUGUUUGUCACUUUUAAUACACUCCCAAAGCUAUUUGUUAUUGUUAUUGGUCAUGUUUCUUAGUUCUUUCCCAACUAUGAGACAUUUGCUUUGUGUGAUUCUCAUGUAAU